AUGCGCGCCUCGCCUGCCGGAAUCCUUCUCCUCGCCCUUGCCCUAAUCUGUGCGGCUUCCUUGUCCGCUGCAGCAGUUGAGAUUAUUACGGCAGCGUAUGACGACGACACGGUGAAAAGCGUGACGCACCGGAGCAUGCUCUCUAGCUCCAGCAGCGGCAGCGCCACCAGCGGCAGCGCCAGCGUGGUUGCGACGGAGGUGGAGGUGGGAGCGGUGAAGAGCGUGACACACCGUAGCAUGCUCGCUGCCUCCACCAGCGGCAGCGCCAGCGUCGUUGCGACGGAGGUGGAUGUGGGAACUUCGCGGCUGAGCUUCAGCGCGAAGCGCUGCGUGAGCGUGCCCAAGAAGGCGAUGCGGAGCAACGUGACAGUCUGGUGGAAGGGCAGUGACCCCUCCAGCUCCGCGGGGGGGGCCUCUAGCUCCCCGGGUUCGGGCAGCGCGGCGAAGGGCGUGCAGUGCGCGCAGGUCAAGUUCUUCGGGAAGGCCGGCUGCAAGGGCAAGGCGGUGGACAACGCGGUCAACCCGCGCACUGCUGGCAUGCUGCUGUUCCCGAGCAGCGAGAAGACGGUUAGCAAGUGGGCUUCGGUGGCAUCUGUCCUGUGCGACACUGUUGACCGUGCAUGUGACGCGCUGGGUUGUGAGCCGGAUGGCACCUGUGUGAAGGACCAGAACGGAGAGCGCUACUGCCAGUGGGACUCACCCUGUGGCAGCUGUCCCACUGGAGCCACCUGCAAGACCGUGCCAUCAAAGGGUAGCAUUGUGGUGCAAGUGCCUUACUGCGAGUGCCCUUCAGGCUACGGGAUGACCGCCACCGAAUGUGUUGCGGGAGGAAAAGACACAGUUGGUGGCAACAGCUACACAUUCAUCGCGAAUCCAGCAGCCAAGGACUACACCUCCCGGCCCUACACCCUCCGCUAUAACGUGGACGGUUGCACGCAGUUCCCUGCUGCAGUGGCUGGAAAGUACACUGCAAAGUAUACCGUAUACAGUGUCAAGUCCAAUGCGUAUUGCUAUAAAUACCAGGAAUUCAGUACUGACAACUGCGAGGGGAACCCUGAUUCUCAGCUUUUUUCGCUCGAGAAGCGGCUCGAUACAAAGGUUCAACUGAACAUGCAGAGCCCUGGAUAUACGCGCUCUGUAAAGUGUUUCACAGUUCAGUUGAUGAAGACCGCGUAUGGCGAUGACACUGUGAAAUCCAUGAGUCAAGGCACGGCACUGCGAAUCAUGCUAAAUGCCGCGUAUGGAGCUGGAGAAGAGACGGUUGCGGAAGCAACGACCAGGAAAGUCAAUGCGAGGGUUGCGCAGGAGACCAGUGGGGUUACCACAACGGUGCUGCUGGGUACGGCGCGGUUGAGCUUCAGCAGGCAGCGCUGCGUGAGCGUGCCCAAGAAGGCGGGGCGGAAGAGCGUGAAGGUGUGGUGGAACGGCCGGGGGGGCUCGAGCAACGUGGGUUCUGGCGGCGGGGCGACAGGUGUCGCGUGCUCACAGGUCAAGCUCUUUGGGAAACGCGGGUGCCAGGGCAAGGCGGUGGAUAGCAUGGUCAAUCCCGAGACGUCUGAUGCCAU